AGUGCCUGUUAAAAGUUUAGUACUUUAUCGCCACUGCGAACCUGGAGAAGAUGAUUCUCUUAAAGAUUCUUAUAUUAUUUUCUUCAGCUUAUUCAACAAUUUCCUUAAGAUAUUGUUGCAUUGAGCAAAAGAAGACUGUAAAAUUAGAACUGCUUCAUAACGAAAAGACUGUUUAUUCGAUACAAGGUAAUACUGAAAAUGAAUUAACGGUACCUGCCUAUGAACGUCUAAUUAAGAGGCAAAUUUGGAACAAUCAAAUAUGUAUAAGUCUAAAAUUUCGUGGACGAUUUGCCAAUGAAAGAGAUAUCAAAUGUUUGAUUAAAGCGGUUGGUGAAUACAACAUUCAAAAAUUAAAAGAUAAAGAAGAAUUCAAGACGAUUUCAUCAUCCACGGUUCCAAUGGUGAAAGAGAGUCUUGAUAGAGUAGGAGACGAAAAGAAUAAUAAUAAUAAUAAAUGGAACAAUAAUGCUCAAUUUCUUUUGCAAAUUGGAACAUUAAUGGCCGUGGCUUUAUUAGGAUUCAUUAUAAUUAUUAUCAGUGCUCUAUUUUGGUGCAGUCUUCGAAAAAUUCUAUUGAGAAAGAAUAGUUGGGAUACUAAUCAGAACGUUCUUCAAAGUUCUCCCGAUUUCUUACCUUCUUACGAUAAAGCUGUCACAGAAUCAAAGAAUACAUGGACGGUUCAUGGUAAUUUAGACGAAUUCUGACAACAAUAAUUUUACCAUAAUAAUACUUUCAUUUUUUUAAUCGUCUACGUAUCCUCAAAUAACAUCAGCUGUCAGGGGUAUUCUCAAUGAAAUCUAGACGGUUUUUGUGACGCACCGAAGAUACUUGAAAGAAUUCAGUAAAAAAAAAAAUUGAAAAUAUAUCAAAAAGAAAUAAAUGUUCAAUUCACUGAAGAGAAAGAAAGAGAAAAAAAAUGAAAUACAGAGAAUGAAAUAGAUUGAUAGUAGGUGAAAGAGGGAGAGAGAAGGAGAAAGAGGGAUAGUGAAGGAGGGGAAGAAAAAAGAAGAAGGACGGAAAGAAAACACACUUGGAGAGAGAGAGAAUAAGAGAGACAAAGAAGGAUUGAGAAUAAACAAAGCAGAACGUAUGGAUAAUAAACUACAAUUAAAAAGAUUAUAACUCAAGAUAUAUCCAGUUAAAAAAAUCUCUUACCUCUAUUCGUAAUCUUUAAUUGCUCUGUCUUCGUUUAUACCUUUGCUGUCUACUUCUUCCUCUCCUAUUGCUUUCUCCCUCUCCCUCCCCCCCCUCUCUCUCUCUCUCUCUCUCUUUCACUCUCUCUAAUCCUCUUGUACUAACCAAUAAUUUUUUCUCACAUAAUAUAAAUAUUUUGAAAUAUGUAUAUAAUAUUUAUGAAUAUCUAUCUAUUUAAAUAUUAUUUUUUCUUUCUCUAAUACAUGAAAAAAAUAAUUUUAUAUAAAUUUGCUAUAAAAA